AAAACUGUUGAUCAUUGCACUUCCGUGGAAAUUGUAAACAACAACAGCAACAAAAGUUCACACCCAAUUUUUACUACUAAUAAAGAUGUCAGAACAGGAGGCAUGGGGUCAGUUAGUCAGUUUAACUGAUUUUGAGUCAGAUCCUAUUCAGCUUACUGCUGACAAGUUUUCCAUCGGUCGAGGGUUCGAUUGUGAUUUGAGUCUUUCUGACAACAAGCUAGUAUCAGGUCAUCACUGUCAUAUUCAGCGUGAUAAAGAUGGAAAGAUCACAUUAAAUGAUACAAGCACAAAUGGUACAUUACUCAAUAUGCAGUAUAGACUUACCAAAGGAAAGUCAAAGGAACUUCAGCAUGGGGAUGAGUUUUACAUUGUGUAUAAGAAAAAUAAUGAGGAACUUAAUGUAGGUUUUAUGUUCCAAGAUACAGAGGAACUACGGAAAGAGGAAGGUACACAAGAAUAUUCACCUCAAGACUUGCUUGAUGCGACACUUGAAGACACAGACUGUAACUAUAUCAGUCCUGAAAGACUCUCAAAGAAACGUAAAUCAGAUGAUGAAGAUAAUGAUCCAAAAGAUGCAAAAAGAGCUAAAACUGAAGAUUCUGAUAAGAAGUUGAAAGAAACUGAAACUGAAAAAAAUAAAUCCACUGAACCCAAAGAUGCUGUUACUGAAGGAAAGGAAAGUGUGAAAGAAGAAAAUAAAUGUUCUGAACAAACAAAAGGUGGAAGUUCAUCUGCGGCAUCCAAACCUUGUGUGCAGGAAAGAGAUGACAUUGAAGAAAAUCUGCAGUGUAUGAUUUGUCAGGAGAUAAUGCAUGACUGUAUAAGUCUACAACCAUGCUUACACUCGUUCUGUGCAGGAUGUUACUCUGACUGGAUGUCAAGGUCACAGGAAUGUCCCUCAUGUAGGAAAAAAGUGGAAAGGAUCAACAAAAACCAUAUAGUCAAUAAUCUUAUUGAAGCUUAUCUAAAAGAGCAUCCACGUAAGAAGAGACCAGCAGAAGAUAUAGAAGAGCUCAAUAAGAAAAACAAAGUAACAAAUGAUAUGUUGUAUCCAAAAGAGCAGUUAAAAGAUGAGAGCAGUGAUUAUAGUGAUACUGAUGAUGAUGAUAAUAAUGAUGAUGACUACACUCCUGCACCACCAGUAUUUGCCCCUGCCCCAGCCCCUGCCCCAGCACUGUUUGGAUUUGGUACCCCUAUAUUUGGAGUUACCAGAGCAUUUAAGACAGUGUGUCGUCAGUGCCCUGAAUAUAAAGAUCCAGCAGAUGGUAACACUGGUGGUGUGAUAGGAGGGAUAAAAACAGCUUUAAAUAAUGUAAAGAACAUAAUUACUGGAACUGUGAAUCAGGCCAACACAGAUGCAGCAGCUGGUUCCCCUGCAAAAGCUGAUGAUCCAGGAACUUCAGGCAAAGAUGCGGAACCAGGAACAGGAGGGGAACCGUCAACUUCUGGAGAGACUGCAGGAACAGGAGAAUCUGCAGCCUCAAAACCAUCAACAUCAGAUGAUGGAGUGAAGCCUUUCAAGGAAGAUCCAAAAGUGAUGCCAACACCUCCAAAUCAUGUAUGUGCUCCUAACCAGAACCAUGUUUUGUGCCAGUGUUGCCUGCAACCCUUUCCAGAUUUCAGGCAUGUUUUAAACCAGCCAGCUGAUAAUGUUCGGCCAGCAGCCUGUGGGAUAUGUUAUAGAGCAUUCUGCCAUGCAUACUGGGGAUGUAGAAAAGCUGACUGUCUUGGCUGUUUAAACAAAUUCAAAGAGAUGAAUUUUGGAAGAAAGGCUCUUGCAGGGAUUAUACUUGAAAAUCAGUUUGAGUCAGAAAUAUUUAGGGAUUAUAUAGAUUCAAAAGGCAUGUCUGUAAAAGAUGUGUUACAAGAAUGUUGUAAGCAGAUGGAGGCUGGCAGAUUUACUGCAGCAGCACAGAGAAACCUCCACAAAUUGACCAGUGAAACACCUGUUUGUUAUAAUUGUGGGCUGCAGAAUUUUAAAGAACUAGCUUUCCAGUAUAGAAAAACCUUGAAACAGCAAGAUUUACCUGACAAAGCUCAGAAUCGACCUGACUGUUACUGGGGAUAUAAAUGUAGGACACAAAAGAAUAAACCUCACCAUGCUAGAAAUUUCAACCAUAUCUGUGACCAGACAAGACAGUUUUAGUGUUCUGUUAUCUAGCAUCAUAUCUGUGAUCAAACAAUACAGUUUUAGUGUUCUGUUACCUACCAUGACAUUGAAGAUGAUUGAAAAUGAUUAAAGGAGUAUAUUACCUAGUAGUUUGUUAAAAGGUGAUGGAGGAGGAUGGGAGAUGAAUAAACAAGACAGUUUAAAGGAGUAUAUAUCUUUUCAACCCAGGUCAGGGAUGUAAGGAAUGGUUUAACAUACAUAUACACUGAGAAGGGGCUAGACAAGUGUUUUCCUAUUAGACUUACAUGUAUUAAGAGAGACUACUGUAUGAUCAGGAGGAAUUUCAAAUAUGGUUAUCAUGCAUUGUUGUUGAUUUUGUUAUUUUUUAUAAGGAUUAUUAGUUAUAAAGUUUAUAUGUAUGUAUGUACUAUAUAAAGUAGUUUGUAUUACUUGUACAGAUCCACAUUGGAUAACUACCUUUUUAUACAAACAUUUUAUUUUUUGCACUGGUGUUUAGUCAAGAAAAUAUUAAUUGAAGUGAACCAAUACUUGUUUGAAAUAUUUUAUUGUUAUUUGAUUUAGGAAUGAAUUACUGGUAUGGUUUUGUAGUUUUUCAUUGAGGGCAUGUUUCAAGCAUUUGGGUGCCAAAUGACAUAACUCAUACUUUCACCAUAAGCAUGUUUUUAUACCCAAACAAAAAAUAUAUAUUGUUUAACUAGAUGGAAAGAUGUUCAUCAAAAUUAUCAACAGAAAGUUAGGGUAGUGGACCCAUAAUGACACUGAACAGUUUCCAUGGUAAUUCGAAAUCCCACUUGGCAAUUCAGCAUUGUUCAGAGGUAGAUGUAUCUCAAUGCACAUAUGACUUUUCAAAAAAAAUAACGGAAAAUACCAAAAUCGCAUACAAAGAAUGUGCAAUUGGCUGAUUUUCAUGGCAGGUCCACUACAUGAAAUUGAUAGAACUCUGUGGAAAUGAAUUGUUUUUUGUUGUUGUUUUUUUUUCACCUUGAAAUUUUGACAUAGAUAUCUACAUAUAUAAUUUUAUACCAUGAUAUUUCAUUUUCUAGUGAAGCUGUAUUAAUAUGUUUUUAUUUUUUUAAUUGACACGACAGUAAACAUGUGGGUGUUAAUAGAUUUGGAGAAUCAAAAAUUAAAAAAAGAAUGAAAAAUUUAAACAAA